CUCUAUUCAUAUCCUCAUUUUAAUUUCUGCUGUUGUCUGCUUUUUCUCAUCUCACCUGCCAAACUUUCCCUGGGCCUCCCGAGGGAGGGCUAACAACACAAGAAGGAUGAGAAUGUGGGUGGAGGAUGAAGACGGGUAGAACUGCCCGGACCUGUCUACCUUGGGUGUAGCACCUUGUCCCAGGUGGACAUGAUUCUCCUGACGGUGGCAGCCUGACAGGGCCAUCCACCCACCUCCCGUCACCCAGCAGGGCCACAGCUUCCUGGGGAGCAUGCUGUCAGCAACCAUGGUGGGGACUCUGGUCAGAGGAUGGAGGAAUCGAAGCUCUCCCCCAAGGGCUGAAUCCAAGCUUCUUAUUCCACAGAGCCAAGAUGGGAUGCAGAGUCAGGAUGUGCACCAGUUGCGUCUUGAAGUGCCAUCAGCUGUAACCAAAGUUCCAGAUCCCAAGACCACAGCCAGGCGCUCUCGCUCCCAAGAACUGAAGACCAUGGAGCUCUCUGACAGCGACCGCCCGGUCAGCUUUGGCUCCACAUCGUCCUCAGCCUCUUCUCGGGACAGCCAUGGUUCCUUCGGCAGCAGAAUGACUUUAGUAUCAAACAGCCACUUGGGCUUGUUUCACCAGGAUAAGGAAGCAGGGGCCAUAAAACUGGAGUUGAUUCCAGCCAGGCCGUUUUCCAGCAGUGAGCUGCCGAGGGAGAGCCCAGCUGGGCAACAGGGCACGGAUGAGGGCAGCGAGAGGCAACCCCGGGGCCCACGGAGAGUGGAGGCAAAUGGGGCCACCAAAACGAGUACAGAGUCAGCCACCACCCCCAAGCUCCUCUACGUGGAUAGAGUUGUUCAGGAAAUUCUGGAGACUGAAAGGACUUACGUGCAAGAUUUAAAAAGCAUCGUAGAGGAUUACCUUGACUGCAUCAGGGACCAAACGAAACUUCCUCUGGGGACGGAAGAACGAUCAGCCCUUUUUGGAAACAUACGGGAUAUCUACCACUUCAAUAGUGAACUUCUGCAAGAUUUGGAAAACUGUGAAAAUGACCCUGCGGCCAUAGCAGAAUGUUUUGUGUCCAAGAGUGAAGAAUUCCACAUUUACACCCAGUAUUGCACCAACUAUCCGAGAUCAGUGGCUGUGCUAACAGAGUGCAUGAGGAACAAGACGCUGGCCAAAUUCUUCAGGGAACGUCAGGAAACUUUGAAGCACUCACUGCCCCUGGGGUCCUAUCUCUUGAAACCAGUUCAGCGGAUUCUCAAGUAUCACCUCCUUUUGCAUGAAAUAGAAAAUCACCUUGAUGAGGACACAGAAGGCUAUGAUGUGGUGCUGGAUGCUAUAGACACAAUGCAGCGGGUAGCCUGGCACAUCAAUGACAUGAAGCGGAAACAUGAACACGCAGUCCGGUUACAGGAGAUACAGAGUUUGCUCACUAACUGGAAGGGGCCAGACCUGACCAGCUACGGGGAACUGGUACUAGAAGGAACCUUCCGCAUCCAGCGGGCCAAGAACGAGCGAACCCUCUUCCUCUUCGACAAGCUGCUUCUCAUUACAAAGAAAAGAGACGACACGUUUACAUACAAAGCUCACAUCCUGUGUGGCAACCUCAUGCUCGUGGAAGUGAUCCCCAAGGAGCCGCUCAGCUUCAGCGUCUUCCAUUACAAGAAUCCCAAGCUGCAGCACACAGUUCAGGCGAAAUCACAGCAAGACAAACGCCUGUGGGUUCUGCACCUGAAGAGACUGAUCCUGGAGAAUCAUGCGGCCAAGAUUCCAGCUAAGGCUAAGCAAGCAAUACUUGAAAUGGAUGCAAUUCAUUAUCCAGGCUUCUGCUACAGUCCUGAGGGAGAGACGAAAGCACUUUGUGGUUCUAAAGACGGUUCCACUCCUUAUCGGCUGAGAAGAAAAUCUGAACCUUCAAGAUCACAUAAAGUUUUGAAGACCAGCGAAACAGCACAAGACAUCCAAAAGGUUUCCAGAGAGGAAGGGUCUCCCCAGCGAACUUCAGCAGGGCCAUCUCCCGCCCAGAGGAAUAGUCAGCCCAGCAGUUCUGCCAUUCUGAGCGUGCUUCGCGGGGGUGGCGCCGUCAGAAACAUCUGGACGGACCACCAGAUCAGACAAGCCUUGUUCCCCAGUCGACGGUCCCCACAGGAGAAUGAGGAUGAUGAAGAUGAUUAUCAGAUGUUCGUGCCUUCCUUUUCCUCUUCAGACUUGAACUCUACCAGACUGUGUGAGGACAGCACUUCGAGUCGCCCUUGCAGUUGGCAUAUGGGACAGAUUGAGUCCACUGAGACCCCCAGCUCAGGCCACAGGGUUGUACGGAGGGCCAGCAGUGCCGGUGAGAGCAACACGUCCCCUUCUGAAAUAAGAAUCAGGGACAGUGAUGGCUCUCAGUACAGUCCCCGAAGGGAGCUGCAGAAUGACCCUAAAACAGAAGGGCAGGAUAGAAUGACUCCCUUCGGGUCAUCUAUAGAGCUGACUAUUGACGAUAUAGACCAUGUCUAUGAUAACAUAAGUUAUGAGGACUUAAAACUAAUGGUUGCAAAACGUGAAGAAGCUGAAUCCACUCCCCCCAAAUUAGCCAGGGACUCUGUUCGCCCCAAAAGCACCCCAGAGCUAGCCUUCUCAAAGAGGCAAGCUGGCCACGAGAAGAGCUCUCUGCACACAAAGAGAGAUGGAGCUCUGACAGGUCGACAGCUAUCAAACCAAAGCACACAUGAACUUGAGGUGGUUGAGGAAAAUAUUUACGACACUAUAGGGUUCCCAGAUCCACCCUCACUGGAUUUCAAGUGCAGCAGCCUAAAGCAUAACAAGAGGACCACUUUCUUAGGUCUGGAAGCCGACUUUGCGUGCUGUGACAGCCUGAGGCCCUUUGUUUCCCAGGAUAGCCUCCAGUUCAGCGAGGAUGAAACCCCUUACCACCAGGGAUCCUCUGAUAAUGAUUACUUGAGUUUGCUGUAUAACUCUUUCAGCUGUAACUUGUCUAUAGCUGAUAAGUCUAUAUCUGAUCAACUGUCUGAAGAAGUAGAUGAAAUCUGGAAUGACCUGGAAAAUUACAUCAAGAAAAAUGAAGUCAAAGCUAGAGACCGGCUCCUUGCAGCAUUUCCUGUCAGCAAAGAUGAUGUGCAAGACAGACUGCACUCCGAGAGCACACCUGAGCUGAGCAAAGAGACAGAACACGCCAUGUCUACACUCUCACUCCCUGAGAGCCAUGCCUUCCUCACGCCGCUGAAAGACAGGCCUGGCAGAGCUAGCCGGGCCAGUUGCCCAUUCGAAGAAGACUUGAUAUCUAAAGAAGGCUCUUUUAUGAGUCUUAACCGGCUAUCUCUGGCAAGUGAAGUACCUCCCAUGGAAAAUCCCUAUGACUUGGCCAACAGCAGUCUGUCCCAAACAGACCUGGAAAACCCUGACCCUGGGGUGGAGGCCACAGAUAAGACAAAAAGCAGGGUUUUUAUGAUGGCUAGGCAGUACAGUCAGAAGAUUAAGAAGGCAAAUCAACUUUUAAAAGUGAAAAGCCCAGAGUUGGAGCAGCCACCCGCCAGCCAGCUGCAUAAGUCUGUGCAUAAAGAUCUGGCAGCCAUCUUGGAAGAAAAGAAGCAAGGAGGGCCUGCCAUCGGUGCCAGGAUUGCUGAGUAUUCCCAACUGUAUGACCAGAUUGUAUUCAGAGAGACUCCCUUUAAGACUCAGAAGGAUGGCUGGGCCAGCCCCCGAGAAUCUGCCAACGUCAGGUCUACAUCGCCUUCCCAGGCCCAGCAUGGUGGCGAGGAUUGGUUUUUGCAUUCAACCUAUAGUAAUGGAGAAUUAUCAGAUUUCUGUCCCCGGCCAGAGCAAGACUCAAAGCCAAAAUAUCCUACUUUAGAGAUCAAUCCAAAAAGUACUCCAAGACAAUUGUCCACAGCUUGCUCCGUGCCUUCUCUUCAAACCUCUGACUCCCUGCUAAGCUCCAUGCAGAGACACAGCGUGGUAGUCAGUCAGCCUAACAAAGAGAACUCGUGUCACAGUCAUCUUUACAACUCACUGGGUCGCAAAGGAAUCAGUGCUAAGUCUCAGCCUUAUAACAGGUCCCACUCAUCUUCCUCAAUCUUGAUAAACAAGUCAGUGGACUCCAUCAACUACCCUAAUGAAAUGGGAAAGAAACAACUGCUGUCUUUACACAAAAGUUCGAGGUGUGAGAGUCACCAGGAUUUGCUGCCAGGUAUAGGUGACUCAUGUCAGCAGGGCACUGAAAAAUGCUCAGAUCUCACUCUCCAAGACUCACAGAAAGUUCUGGUAGUAAAUAGAAAUUUACCCUUAAAUGCUCAAAUAGCUACACAGAACUAUUUUUCCAAUUUCAAAGAGACUGAAGGGGACGAAGAUGACUACGUGGAAAUAAAGUCAGAAGAAGAUGAGUCAGAAUUAGAGCUAUCUCACAGUCGCAGAAAGAAGUCUGACCCAAAGAUCGUGGAUGCUGAUUUUUCUGAUAAUGUCUGCAGCAACAUGUCUUACUCUUUGAAUAGUCCGUGCACUCCAAAAAAGCCAGUAAGUGGCAAACUUGGGGUUUCACCCUAUCUGACAUCAUACAACGAUUCUGAAAAACUGAAUGACUAUCUCUGGAGGGGCCCAUCUCCCAAUCAGCAAAAUAUUGUCCAGAGUCUAAGGGAAAAAUUUCAGUGUCUUAGUUCCAGCAGCUUUGCCUAAGGUUCUUAAUAGUAGCUUCCUGAAUUAACUUCUUAUGCUCAUAAGUUACAGAUACUGAGAGGUGUUUUAUAUGUACCAGAUUAAAAUAAUUUUGUAAUAAGCAGAGGUGUAAAAUAUACUUUCUUUUACAGCACAAGUUUUGAAACGGCUGAUGAUCCAGCCAGGAUUGUACUGUAGCCAAUGUCAGCAUCUAACUGUGUUUACUGAUGCUGGUUGUCUUCUAUGUUUCAUGUAAGUCAAUCUUACUUGAAAAUUUCUAGGCUUUUUUUUUUUUUUUUAACAAGAUGGCCAUAUUUUUUCCCAUAUCCUGACAGUAGUGCCCAGCCUUUAAGAAAUGCAAUAAUCCUCUCUUAUUAUCCAGAAGUCACAAGUAGUUUCAUGCUAGGGCUCAAAGGCAGCAAGGAGGCAUUUCCAUGUUUUCAAAAGGAAAGAAAACUAUAAUCAAGCUAUUUAAAGGAUUAUGCUUAUAUCUGGCAUUUUUGUUCCAUUUAUGGCAAGACCCUAGAAUAACUUAAGCUAACGCUCUAUAAUUGGAAUACAGUCUGUGGUGUCCAUUUUAGGUUUUCUUAUGCUGGUAUUCCUACAUCAGUUCAUUAUAAUGCAGAAAUUGUGUAACUAUUGGAAAUCAGAAUGUAGCAAGACCAAUAUUCUAUAAGCCAAAAUCUUUACCUGGAUUCCUGGACAAAGCCUGGAGAAUGUGCAGCUCAUUGUGUUUAUUUCAUGAUUUCUAGGGUGAAAUGAAUGAUUCUCUCAAUGGCUAAAGAAAACUGAGUGCAAGAAGAUACAAAUUGACUUAAGUAUUAGUAAAGAUGGGUUGACACCUGGGAAUAGCUUGAUUAGCUCCUCACAUUUCAGUUGUGGGGGAGGGGAUAGAACCCUUCUUACUGUUCUUUGUGCCUGUCUCUAGUCAACAUGAAGUAAACCACAAGCUAAAAUAAAACGAAGCACUUUAAAGUUGCCUUUUGCAGAGCAGCUUUUCAUAUGAACUUCCGUAAGUUUUGUGCCCAGCCCAAUGACCUGAUCCCAGCCUGGAGGAUUUCCUUGACUGCAAUGAAAUUUAUUUCCUAAACCAAAUGUAACAUGGGGCCUUACUUCAUUGUUUUGCGGCAUAUAAAAGAACAGAAUUUUUGGUUAAUAAGCUCUGACUAAUAACAUCUUUUAUGUUGUCACUAUGGUCUUUAAAUAGUUUAUUGUGACAUGUACAAAUAUAACUCUUUAUGAAAGAAAACUGAAAAACAAAAGCAAAAAUACCUUAUAAGUAGAAAGCGAAAUCAAAGAAGCUAAAGAGAAAAAUGAAGGUAGAUUUGUUGCUCCUUUACAAAAAAAUUCUAUGUUAUUGAAGACUCUACUCUGUGCAACAAGAAUAUUCCUCAAACAAUAGCAUUUGUAUUCUCAUUUUAAGCAGUUUUACAUUCUGUGGCCCCUCCCGCACCCUCUGAGUUUUCAUCAUAAAAGAUGUGAUAAUAUGUGUAGGGUAAGGGGAUCUGGGCUUUUCAUUAGAAGGCGAGCAAUGAUACUGAUUUGAAUCAGUAACAUCUAACUAUAAUUCUUUUUCCCUUUUUUAAGUCCUGUGCCUUUUUCCUCACCAUAAAAUAAAAUGUGACCAUCCUUACUGGACAAACACAUACCUAAGGCACUCAAUUUUCUUUUGAAAUAACAAAAAAUAACCCAAGGUAUGCUUCUCUGUACUAUUCUUUCUUCUUGCAGCUUAUUGAACAAAGUCCAUAUUGAAUAGCAUGGUUCUGGAAACAGCUCUUCUUUCAUUGCCUUUCUUUAAACAUGGUAAUGAGUUUUCAAGAUUAUGCAGUAUCAGAACAGAUAAGCACUGUGAGAAGGUAUGUUCUUAGACUUGCCAGAGGGACUUGUAAGUGCGUUUGCAAAAGAGUUACCUGACUCUUCUUGUCCCAAGAAGGCAGUCUUGAGUUUUUUGCGGUUUAGUUUCUAUGACCCAAACUCUGUACUGUCCAUAGAACUGUGAUCUUACUCUCAGAAAUGACUAAUUCUUCACACCAAUGUCUUGCUGACGGCUUUGAUGUCAUCUGUAGGAAUACACCCUGCUGCAUGAAGGUGGAUGUCUUAUUGUAUAAAAUGUCCCUGUGGUUGUCUUUAGGUUCUAGCACAAAUCUUUAGUUUUAUAGAUCAUUUCUGUCAGCCAGGAAGCAGAUUUUGAGAGCUUUGUGUAUAUAUAUAAAAUCAUGUUCAUAUUUUUCCUGAAAGUUAUCAAUUAAGUGCUUUUGUUUAAAAUAGUUUCUUUUGAAGGUGGGUUAGGGAUGUAUAUAAUUGAGGACAAAAGGGUAGAUGUACUUCAAAGUAUGUCACGUUCUUAUUAGGUCUCUGUACUGAAGGUUCUUUUUUUUUUAAUGAGUUCACUUUUCACCUACUCUAUUCUUUGUGCAAAAAAAAAUGCAUCUAGGAAAACAUAGUUUAAAUAUUGUAUAUAAGAUAAUGAAAGUUAGUAAUGCUCAUUAUUUAAUAAAGUUUGUAAAGUACAAAGUAAAUUAUAGUGUGAAUUAAUGUGUUUAUUCUAGAAAGGUCAAGCUUUUUCAAACUACAUUUAGUUAUAAUACUUUGUCUUGCCUUAUAAGCCAUGAAGAAAAUGAUUCAGGGUAAUGAUGAUAUACCCUAUCUCAGUGACAGACCAUCUUUUGUAUCUUUGGAUUACUUUUGAAAUACUGAAUUUAAUGUCUGGGUUGGUAUUUGUUUCCUUCAUAGGUGGCUAAGCUAGAUCUAUCA